AUGUACAGGACACCCAACAAGGACGUGGCUUCAAACAUGACGCCCACAAAGCCGGAUAAAACCGACCCGCGACCCUCAGUGAGGACAAGCAUUGGGGAGUGGGAGAAGGAGCUGGGCAGGACAUUCCACCUGUCACCAAGCCCAUCGUCGGAGGAGCCCAAGGGUGCCGACGCGGCAUCAAAGCUAGCUCCCGCGGCCCUCCCGGCGCCAGUCGCAGAAACCGACAGUGCACAAAAACAGUCGCAGGCUGGCCCCUUGAAAACAAAACAAGCUAUGUUCCCAAAAACGGCGGAGGCCAGACGACUGAUGGAAAAAGCAAAGAGCGACAUGGACAAGUCCGGGAACAUAAAGAGAGACAUAAAAGCCUCAGUAAAAGAAAUAAUAGAAAAACUAUACAGGCUGGUGAGGGACGUGGAGCAGGAGAAGAAGCGCCUGGAGAAGGCGCAACCAUGCUUCUCAGAACAGGCCUCCAAACAAAAAACACCAGCGACCCCAGGACCAGAACCUGACCAAGAAUCAGACCAACAGAUGUGUACGGAGAAAAUAAAGGAAAAUACAAAAUUAUUGAUCAAAAACAACAAAAUGAUGGAAGACCUAAAGGAAGAGAUGAAAAAGCAGAGAGAAAUAAUGGAAAAGAUGACAGCGAUGGGAACAACCUACGCCAGUGUAGCAGCAGCUCCAAUCUCUGCAUCCAACAGGAAACCAACUGUCGAGCGGAAAACACUACACUCUGUUGUCGUCACAUCAAAGAACGAACACGAGACCGGCGAGGAAGUGCUGGACAAAAUAAGGAAGACGAUAGACGCCAAAGAAGGAUGGAUCAAAGUCGAGAAGGUACGCAAGGCAAAAGACAGGAAAAUUAUCAUGGGAUUUGGGACCAAAACCGAGAGGGACAAACUCAAAGACAAGCUCGGCAGGGAAGGCGCCGAACUAACUGUAGAAGAAGUCCAGAACAAAGACCCGCUGCUGCUCUUGAGGGACGUCCUCUCGGUUAACACCGAUGAAGACAUCCUAGUGGCCUUCAGAAACCAGAACAAAGUGAUCUUCACCAACCUCAGUGAGGAAGACAACAGAAUGAUGGUCAAAUUUAGAAGGCGGGCAAGGAACCCACACACAGGUCAUGUCGUCAUCAGUGUCUCACCAACCAUAUGGCAAAAAACCUUAGAUAUAGGGAGUGUGCACAUUGAUCUGCAACGGAUCAAGGUUGAGGAUCAAUCCCCGCUAGUCCAAUGCACACGAUGCCUCGGCUUUGGUCACGGGAAAAGAUUCUGCCACGAACCAGAGGACUUAUGCAGUCACUGUGGCGGGCCUCACCUGAGAGCGACGUGCGAGGAAUGGCUCGCCAGAGUUCCACCCAAAUGCAAGAAUUGUACCAAAGCCAACCUGGAAGACACGGAACACGAUGCCUUCAACCAGGCAUGCCCAGUACGGCGGAAAUGGGAUGCACUGGCACGGUCGACCGUUGCCUACUGCUAAGGGCACCCACGGCGAAUACACCCCAUACCAAGUAGUCCAAGCAAACCUUCAGAGAAA